AUGAUAACUGUUGUUCAUAUACUUGCAUAUGGUUGUGCAAUUGAUCACUAUGAUGAGUAUAUUAAAAUCGGCGAGAGUACUGCCAUUAAGUGUUUGAAGGCAUUUUGUAAUGCUAUUGUUAUUGUGUAUACAGAGGAGUAUAUGCGUCCACCUGACGAAGCCGACAUAGCACGGCUGCUUGAAGAAGGGGAGCAAAGAGGAUUUUUGGAUAUGCUUGGUUCUAUCGACUGUAUGUACUGGGAGUGGAAGAAUUGCCCAGUGGAGUGGCACGACACACAUAGGGGACGCUUUGUUAAGGAUACUUUCAUAUUGGAAGCAGUUGCCUCACAAGAUUUAGGCAAAGAUGCACGUACCGCGUUCACUGACUACCUCUACACCAACCUUGUGGAUGCAGGAAUUCACACGUUUGGAGAUGAUGAUGAGCUUCGCAUUGGAGAGAAGAUUGGUCCUGAGCUUCUCAAGGAAAUAGAGCACUCAAAGAUAUCCAUCCCAGUCUUUUCCAAAGGCCAUGCUUCAAACUUUAGGGCAAAUGAUAUUACCCAUAAGCAGACUGGGAGUUAUGAAAAGGCCUUCCGGGAGCACAAGAAGCAUUUUGAUAGUGCUACUGUGGAUGGGUGGAAGGAAGCAUUGAGGGAGGUUGGAGAACUGAAGGGAUGGGAAGUGAACAAAGUUGCUGACGGGCAUCAAGGAAGAGUAAUAAAGAUGGUUGUUUCAAAGGUAUGGGGAGAGUUGAAAAGGAACUCAUUGGUUGUAAAUGAAUGCUUAGUUGGAAUUGACUAUCAUGUAGAAGAAAUGAUGAAAUUGUUGAGUAUUAAUUCCAGUGAUACAAGGAUUGUGGGGAUCCAUGGCAUGGGAGGAAUUGGCAAGACCACCAUAGCCAAGGUUAUACUCUCCCAACAUUCUGAAUUAUGUUGCUUCCUUGCAGAUGUUAGGGAAACAGCACAGCAACACAAUGGUCUUGUUAAUUUGCAAAACCAACUUAUAUCUAACAUCUUAAAACGGAAUUGUUCUGACAUUAGUACUAUGGAUGAAGGAACUAAUGUAAUCAAAGAUGGAUUUUCUGGGAAGAAAGUUCUUGUUGUCAUUGAUGAUGUCGAUCAAAUAAUUCAUCUUCGUGCGCUUGUGGGAAAGGGUGAUUGGUUUCGUUCAGGAAGUAGGAUAAUCGUCACAACCAGAAACAAAGAUAUUCUAAAUCUGCCUGAGGUAGAUUGGACUUAUGAACCAAAGGAAUUGGAUUCUAAUCAAUAUCUUCAACUUUUCUGCAUGCUUGUUUUAAGACGGGACCAUCCCUCAGAAGGCUAUGAUACUCUCUCUAAAGAUGUUGUGUCCACUACUGGAGGGUUGCCUUUGGCUCUCGAGAUUAUGGGUUCUUUUUUAUCUGGCAAGGGAAAAGCGGUGUGGAAAGAUACAUUGAAGAAGUUGAAAAGAAUUCCGGAUGGACAAGUGCAGAAGAAGCUAAGAAUAAGUUACGAACCAUUAGAUUAUUUACAACAACAGAUAUUUCUCGACAUUGCAUGUCUUUUCAUUGGAGUGGAUUGA